AUGAUUAACUAUGAAGAGCUCAUCAAUGCCAUCAAUAAUCAACCCACUUCCGAUGAAAACGAAGAGCAAAACAACUUGAUGAUUGAAUCUCAGAAUAACCAGGACUAGAACUUUGAUAAUAAUAUUGAGAAUAGCCAGGAGUCUCUAGAUAAUUUGUUUGGUGAAGAUGAGGAUAUGAUCAUAGAUGAGGAAAACUAUGAGGAUUAUACUAUUGAUAGAGAAGAUGAAGAUGACGAAGGCGACAGUGUUAACCAAUAACCCUGCUUUAGUGAACCUAACUAAUAGGACGAUACCUAAAUCUUGGAAUAAGCAAAGCCAAACUAGUUUAUUCAGUCUUAAGCAGGCAUUAUAGAUUUCAAGCCUGGCCUUAUUCAAUUUGAGAAUUCUAAGAGCGAGAAGUAAGGUGGAAAAUUCACUCAGAGGAAACUCAUGAAAGCUAUUAAUGUGAAUGCUUAUUAAGAGGGAAUCAAGAGGUUUGUAUCGAGAUACUUACCGCCAUAGAAAAGUAAGAGCGAUGAAAUAUUUGAGAAGUCAUAACUUAAAAGACUAAUACUCCAAUUCGAAUAUAACUGCUAAUCAGUUUAACAUUAAUACAUCAAAGAUGAUAAAAUAGCAAGUGAUAUAUCUAAACAAAGAUAUUCAAGACAGUGCCCUAUUAAAGACUGCUAGAAAUAUAUCUAAGUUUAGGAAAAAUAUAUUUCUAGCUUUGAAUUCCCCAAUAGCUAGUUUAAUGAAAAUAACAGUUUGGGUUAUUACAACUUAUUCAGUAAAAAGAAUGCUGAGUACCUAAAGGAGGAACCAGUUCCAUUAGUAAUAGGAAUGGAUACUUUGACAAAUUUAUAAAAGCUUAAAACACAAAGACAAAACAUGUAGAAUUUCCGCAAAAAUAUUAGUCUUACAAGGAAAUAGCAGCCUGAUAAAAGUAACUAAACAGAAGUGUCUCCUGACAGAGCAAAUGAAUUAAGUCAAAGCUUACCUAUGUACCUUAAGCAGACUGAAAGUAUUAAGAUGAAAGUUAUUAAGAGACAAAAGAACUAUUCAGUAAGCUACAAUUAAAGCCUGCCUCCAUAGCCAUUAGCGACGAACAUUAUGAUUGCAGAGUUUGAAUAAGAUAACAAGGAUUUUAAAGAAUAUCAGAAUAGUAAUCACCAGAAUAGUAAUCACAAGUAUAAUGCAAGUAGCUCUAGCCAUGGACACAAUUUAUUUCCCAUUCGUGAUAGUAAUUAGCACUAGAUAAUCUAGGAUUAUCAUUUGCAUAAGAAAAUGAAUCAUAAAAAGUACAAAAAUCAGAGCAAUUUGAAUGAAAAUUCAUUCAACCAAGAUUAGCCAAAUAGAGUAUUGCUAUCUCAAAUAGAUCAUUAAUUGCCUUAAAACGAGCUUGAUACUGAUUAAGCGAUUGAGGAAUUACAAGAAUUUUCUUUGGAAUAGCAUAUUCAGAGACAGAAAGCAGAAAGUUUGAGAUUUCUAUAAGACCUAAAUAGGAUUAAAAUCAGUAAUCAAGAUUUAAAAACAAUUCAAAAGCAGCAAUCGCCAUAUGAGAAUCAAAGAAAACAUAACAUGUAGCUAUCUCAAAGAUCUCUCGGACUUGGAGUGGGAGAAAUAUUGCCAUCAGUUCAGCACUUAGCACAAAGUAUCUGCCCUCAGGAAGAAUAGGAUCCAAGAGACACCCAGAUGAUGAUGAUGAUUCAGCAAUAAAUCUUAAGUGAAGCAACUUCCAGAGAAAGAUCAACUUUUGUGUUUAAUUAAGGAAUCUUAUCCUUCUGUGAAAAUACGUACCAAAAUUAACAGAUCGGAGGAGGAGAUGCUUCUAUUUCAGAGCAACAAUAAUACUAACAUUUUCAAUAACACCAGCAAUGCUAAUUGCAACAGUAGCAACUCAACUUCGAGAGGACCCAACUGGUAAACAUAAAAAAGCUCAUUUCAAAACUCCCUGGUGUAUCAGGAAAAUGGGCAAACUAGACAAAACUAGAAGCUGUCAACCAGAUUAUAAGGAGAUCCUUAAUUAACAGGAAACUAAGCUCAAAAUUCUAUAACUUAAAAGGAUAAAAUGAAGGAGAGGGGUGCGGAACACUGAGCAGAAACAUUCUAAUUGAUGAAAGCAGAGGCGGAAUAUCGAGAAAAGCUUGCAGCCUAGAUUACUAUGGAGCGUAGGCGCAUAAAGGUCUCUCGACUUAACAGCCACCACUAUGUGCCAACCUCUCAACUCACGAGUCCGCACUCAAAUCUUAACCGCAUUAACUACUUAUUCCAGCAUCACUUCGAUUAGAGAUCAAUUAGAAAUAGAGCUCCCCCUCAGCGGAUAAAGAAAACUAGCAUAUUGAGAGAGAACAGCACAGAAAGAAUGGGCAUUUCGGAUCAAAGCUCGACAUAAUUGGCUGCUAAGCCUCAAUCAAGAGAAAGAGGCAGAAAAGGACUCAAUAUAACUAGCACCAAUACUAAUAACAAUAGCAUUUAGCAGAACCAUUAAAAUUUGAGCAGAAUGAAAAACUAUCUGCAUAGUCCCUUGAAUAAUAACUUGCACUAAUAAAGUCUGAAUUAAAUGCCCGUGCAUCCCUCAAACUAGCAAGCAAGUCUAAACAGGAACCAGACAGGUAGAUAUCAAGAGAUGUAGAUCUAAGAGGUGUAUAAGGAUUCCUUGAAAAAUCAGUAGAAUCCUUAUAGAUUUGA